AUGAUCAGCGCUCUCCACUGGAUCGCGAGGGGCAAAAGCCUUGCGCAUCCCAAAAAAUACGUUUUGGACAAUGCCGAAAUGGAACGAGUCUCCAAGAUGGCCAACAUUGAGUUCGAAGAUGCCAAAGCUCAACUCGAACGUGCUCAACGCGACAUUGCCCGUGGCAAAGAUCCUUUCGCUCCUAAUAACGAAGACCACAACGACGACGACAACGACGACGACGACGACGACGACGACGAAGAGGAAUGGAAAGAUGAUGAGGAGAUGAAAGACGAUUCCGCUGCCCCCUCCUCCACCACCGAUGCUAAGACAGAAGACCCAGACGAUCUCUCACGAUACAACCUGGACGAGUACGACGAAGAACCCACCGAUGUUGCCUCUGCAACCGCUGGUGCAUUCUCCAACAUCCGCGGCCUCGCAGUCUACCAGUCCAACGAAGACGAUCCAUACAUCACAGUUCAAGAUGCAGCUGAAAAGGAUGAUGAAGAGGAACGAGAAGAGUUGCAAAUCUACCCCACCGACAACUUGAUCAUCACUGCUAAGACGGAAGAUGACGUUUCGCAGCUCGAGGCAUAUGUCUAUGCUGCACAGGAUAGCAAUCUUUAUGUACAUCACGAUUUGAUGUUGCCUUCUUUCCCACUCUGUUUGGAGUGGUUGGAUUAUAGUCCGGCCAGAUCGGAGGCGGAUCAGAACAGUGGAAAGCCAGCGGGCGAGUUGGGAAACUUUAUUGCCGUGGGAACUAUGGAUCCGGAGAUCGAAGUGUGGAGUAUGGAUGUGGUUGAUGGAAUGUAUCCUGAUGCUAUUUUGGGUAGAAAGACGGAGACGGAGACGUUGAACGCACCCUUGGGUACGGGAAAGAAGAAGCGUAAACAGAGCAAAGCAAGGGUUGCAAACGAUGCCUACCACGUUGACGCUGUUCUCUCCCUCAGCUGGAACCCGGUUGCUCGUAAUCUCCUUGCUUCCGCAUCAGCAGAUUGCACGGUUAAGCUGUGGGACCUUUCGCGUCCUCACACCAGCGAAUCCUCCACCGCAUUCCGUUCUUUCGCCUCCCACACAGACAAAGUUCAAUCGGUAGCAUGGCAAUGCAAAGCCAUCGGUGGCGACGGCGCAUCUUCCGCUAACCCAGCUGUCCUUCUCACCGGCUCAUACGAUAAAACCAUCCGAAUAUUCGACACCCGCACUCCAGACCAAGCCACGAUGAUCGCCAUCGGUUCGGACAUUGAAUCCGUAGUAUGGAACGGUUGGUCCCCUUCCUCUUCCCAAUUCCUUUCCUCGCUCGAAUCUGGAAUCGUCCAAUCCUUCGAUAUCCGCAACCCCUCCACCCCCCUCUGGACUCUCCAAGCACACGAUACCGCCGCAACCGCCGUAGACAUCUCUCCUCACAUCCCUAACGCUAUCCUCACCGCUUCUUCCGAUCGAAGUAUCAAGUUGUGGAACCUUACCACUUCCGACUCCACCACCACACCUCCUUCUGCUAUCAACCUCGUCUUGUCGAGAGAUCUGGGUAUCGGAAAGAUCUUCGCUGCUACAUUCAGCCCUAAUGAUCCACUCACCCUUGCUGCUGCUGGCAGUGCAGGUCAGUUGCAAGUCUUUAACUCACUCAGCAAUGCAGGUGUCAGAAAGUCCUUCGGUGAUAGGUUGAGCAAGUUGGUAGGAGAAUUCAACAUCCAUCUCAAUCCAACAGAGACAAGUACAGCAGAUGGUAUCGUACGCGUUCAAGAUGAUGAUGACGACGAUGACGACGAUCAACCUGCUACCGGAGCGGACGAUAUGCAGGACUGA